GGGGCUGCCUGUGGUUAGCUUAAUACAACUUGAAGUUGAAGAUGGAGCCAAUGUUCACUCCGGCGCUGCACAGACAGAGACAUCAGUUUGUCAUCGAUUUUGUCAAGAGGAAGAAACCCAAAAAGGUGUUGGACUUGGGCUGCUGUGAGUGCGUUCUUCUGAAGCAGCUGAAGUUUCACCGUGAAAUUGAACUGCUGGUUGGACUGGACAUCGAUGGUGUCCAAAUAAAAAAAAAGAUGCAUGGAUUAGCUCCUAUAUCAACUGACUAUCUGCAGCCAAGUUAUGAUCAGCUGCGCAUCGAGCUGUACCAGGGCUCCGUCACUGAGAAAGACUCACGCCUCAGAGGAUUUGAUCUGGUGACCAGUAUAGAGCUCAUUGAGCAUCUCACUCUUGCUGAUGUGGAGCUUUUCUCUGAGGUGGUGUUUGGUUACUUGACCCCUGAGGCGGUUAUCGUCAGUACCCCAAACUCUGACUUCAACCCCUUUCUCCCUGGACUUGUGGGUUUCAGGCACAUUGACCACAAGUUUGAGUGGACCAGAGCAGAGUUCAAGUCCUGGGCUAUGAAGGUGUGUUUGCAGUACGGUUAUGGGGUGGAGUUAACUGGUGUUGGACAGGCACCUCCAGGUCAGCAGGAGCACGCCGGCUUCUGCUCCCAGAUCGGUGUGUUUCACCGUCUCGGGGGCAAAGAGCGUUACAACAUGUUUGAUGAAGAUGCUGAGGAUGUGUUUUCAUACACUCUUCUGUAUAGUAUAAUCUACCCCAGCCUGCAUGACAACAACAUCUUGCGGAGGGUCCUGAUGUGUGAGGUAGUUUACUGGGCGGAGAAGCUGAAGAGAAGAUGGAUCGCAGAGGAGACUGGCGAGAGGGAUGACACAGAUGAUCUGUGCCAGGCUGAGGGUGAAGGGGGGGAAUGCUUCAGAGCAUCGGAGAGACAUGUGGACACUGAAGAGACACAGACGGGUGAACAACGGGCCUUAAAAGCAGCAUGUGGAGCAGAGAUGAAAACCCUGGUGGAUCAGGAAGAGGAAGAUGGAGAGCUGUUUUGGAGACACAGCAAACCGGAUUCUGACAAAUGGCGCAGGCGUGUGUCUGUCCCUCUGGCUGUGCUCUGGUGCUGCUGCCCCAAAGUCAGCGUUCUGAGUGGAAGUGUCAGUAAUCUCAGACUCCUCCUGAUGGAUGAACCCGGAGUUAACCUGAGCCAGGACGGCUCUGCGAUGCUCCUGAAUCACCAGGAACAAGACCUUGAUGAUGAUGAUGAUGAAGAAGAGCAUCGUGCUGAUUUGGAGGACAGCCCAUAUGCAGAGGCCCGCCAGUGCCCCCCCAGCGCUGAACCAGAGGAAGACUGGGAGGCAAAUGUUUGAUCUGAAGUAGGUGACUUCUUGAGUCAGCAAUAGUUGACCUUGGUUACUACUGGACAGUCUAAGUGUAUUCACAUAA